AUGGAUGAGUCAUUGUACGACGAUUUCGGCAAUUACAUUGGCCCUGAUCUCUCAGACGAGGAAGAGGACGAUGAGGAGGAAGAGUUUCAACAGCAACAACAGCGGCAGCGCAAUGACCAGGACAUGGACGUGGACGACGAAGAGGGAGACGACACAGAGAUGCAGGAAGAUGACACUAGGACAAGUACAGCCUUAUCGCGCAUUGGAGAGAUCCCACAAAGCCAGGUCGUCUUGCACGAAGACAAGAAGUACUAUCCGACAGCCGAGGAGGUUUAUGGCGAGGGUGUCGAGGCAUUGGUCGAGGAGGAGGAUACUCAGCCAUUGACAGAACCGAUCGUCCAACCGAUCAAAACCAAGAAGUUCCAGCUCGAGGAAAAGGACUUGCCACUGACACGAUUCCGCAAGCAAUAUAUGUAUGAUCUUAUGGCAUUCCCUCCCCGUGUCCGCAACGUCGCUAUUGUCGGCCAUCUCCACCAUGGAAAGUCAUCAAUUAUGGAUAUGCUUGUGAACGAGACCCACGAGAAGAACAUGAACGUCGACAUUCAGGAACGAUACACGGAUACUCACCCUCUGGAGCGCGCAAGAGGCGUCAGCAUCAAAAGCAUGCCUAUGACUCUUGUUAUGCAGGACACCAAGGACGUCUCAUAUCUGCUCAACAUUAUUGAUACUCCAGGUCACGUUGAUUUCAUUGACGAAGUCUCUGCAGCUCUUCGCAUUUCAGAUGGAGCUGUUCUGGUGGUGGAUGCUAUCGAGGGUGUGAUGUGUAACACGGAGCGCAUUAUCAGGCACUGCAUUCAGGAGAAAGUUGCGCUCACAAUGGUUGUCAAUAAGGUCGACCGAUUGAUUUUGGAGCUUAAACUCCCUCCCACGGACGCCUAUUUCAAGCUGAAGCACACGAUCGAGGAAGUCAACACCAUUAUUUCACAGACACCUGGAGGAGAAGGGAUUCGACUUUCACCUGAACUCGGCAACGUCAGUUUUGCGUCGUCGCAGAUGGGAUGGUGCUUCACUUUGAGGUCAUUCGCAAAGCUCUAUGCCGAGUCCUAUUCCGGCAUUGAUGUGGAGGGAUUUGCUAAGCGCCUGUGGGGCGAUGUCUACUUCAAUAGCGAGUCGAGGAAGUUUGGACGUCGUGCACAAGAUGUACGCACAAAGCGCUCAUUUGUUCAUUUCAUCCUCGAGCCACUGUUCAAGAUUUAUGGUCAGGUUGUGGCAGAGGAUGCUGCAGCACUCAAGUCAACGCUCUCGAGUCUGGGCAUCUAUUUGAAGCCCAAGCAGUACAGUAUGGAUGUUAAGCCUGUGAUGAAGUUGGUCUUGGAUCAGUUCUUUGGACCGCCUACUGGAUUUGUCGAUAUGGUCUCUCAGCACAUCAGGUCUCCCACGGAGAGUGCAACGCAAAAAGUUGAACAUGUGUAUACAGGACCCAUGGAUGACGACAUUGCUGCAGCCAUGAAGGCCUGCGAUCCCAAUGGACCUUUGAUGAUUCACAUCACCAAGCUCUACAACUCUGCGGACGGAGAGAAAUUUGAUGCUUUUGGUCGUAUCAUGAGUGGCACUGUCAGGGCUGGUCAGCGGGUCCGCGUUCUCGGUGAAGGGUACACGAUGGACGAUGAUGAGGAUAUGACAGUCCAGACUGUGGAGAGCGUUAGCAUCUUUGAGUCGCGUUACAGGAUUGAGGCUCAGACAGUGGUUGCCGGUAACUGGGUUUUGCUUGGAGGCGUGGACCAGUCGAUCACCAAGACGGCUACCAUCACCAGUGCGGAUCUUUCGGAGGAUCUGUAUACUUUCAGGCCGCUGCGGUUCAUGACGUCGCCUGUGAUGAAAAUUGCAAUCGAGCCAGUCAACCCUUCAGAGCUGCCCAAAAUGCUGGAGGGAUUAAGAAAUGUCAACAAGUCGUAUCCGAUUUUGCAAACGAGGGUCGAGGAGAGUGGAGAACAUAUUGUUCUGGCGCCUGGAGAACUGUACAUGGAUUCUGCGCUUCACGAUCUUCGAAAGCUGUAUUCUGAGAUCGAUCUCAAGGUUGCGGAUCCCGUCGUCAGGUUCUGCGAAACAGUGCUGGAGACCAGCAGUCUCAAGUGCUUUGCCGAAACACCCAACAAGAAAAACAAGCUGACGAUGAUUGCAGAGCCCUUGGAGAAGAAAAUCGUGGACGAUAUCGAGGGACUGAAAGUGUCAACGGAAUGGACAGCACGACAGCUCGGAAACUACUUUCAGCAGAACUAUGACUGGGAUAUUCUCGCCGCACGUAAUAUCUGGGCGUUUGGACCCGACAUGAACGGACCUAAUAUCCUUGUCGAUGACACAUUACCAAGCGAGGUCGACAAGGGUCGUCUGAAGCAGGUCAAGGACGCCAUUCGUCAGGGAUUCCAGUGGGGAACAAGGGAGGGUCCCCUGUGCGAUGAACCGAUCCGAAGCGUUAAAUUUAGAAUCAUCGGAGCAGAUCUGGCCACAGAACCGAUCUAUCGCGGAAGUGGACAGAUUAUUCCCACAGCCCGUCGUGUGUGCUAUUCAUCCUUCCUGAUGGCCAGCCCCCGGUUGAUGGAGCCUGUGUAUUCGGUCGAGGUUCAGGCGCCUGCAGACUGCGUCGCUGCCGUGUAUACUGUCUUGGCACGCCGUCGUGGCCAUGUUUUGAAGGAUAUCCCCAAGGCUGGUUCUCCUCUCUCCACGGUCUAUGCUGUCAUCCCUGUGAUCGAGUCGUUUGGGUUCGAGACCGAUCUUCGCACACAUACACAGGGACAGGCGUUUGCCCAGCAAAUGUUUGACCAUUGGCAGAACGUGCCAGGUGAUCCAUUGAACAAGAGCAUUGUCCUCCGGCCGCUUGAGCCCAGCCCUAUCCAGCACCUGGCUAGAGAUUUCAUGAUCAAGACGCGUAGACGCAAGGGUCUGAGCGAGGAUGUAUCAGUGAACAAGUUCUUUGAUCAGGACAUGUUGUUGAACCUCGCCCAGCUGGACUCUGAGGGGUUUGGAUUCAAUCUUUAG